CUCUGCGCGCCCCGGCGGCGGCGGCUGCGAGGAUUGCCUGCGCCCUCCGGGAGGCGACCCGGGCCGACGCCCGGCCCCCGGGCAGAAGCGACGAGCCUCAGCGGCUGCUUGCUGGUUUCUCCACGCUGUAGAAGGAACUGGAUGAUGUAGCCGGCUUUCCAGGAAGACACACAUGGUCCUGCGCUGAGCAAGCUCUCUCAGACUCCGUCAUUUCAGAGCCACUUGAGGAAAAAGAAAAUAAUGUGACUGUUCUUAUCAAAAAGGAUUUUUUGGGAAGUGUGGGAUACCUGUGAAGAAGGUCGCCUUUUCCCCAUCUGUGAAAUAGACAUUCUUAGAUUCCAAAAUGCCCGCCAAGACCCCAAUCUACCUGAAAGCGGCCAACAACAAGAAGGGAAAGAAAUUUAAGCUGAGGGACAUUCUGUCCCCUGAUAUGAUCAGUCCUCCCCUGGGGGACUUUCGUCACACCAUUCACAUCGGCAAAGAGGGCCAGCAUGAUGUCUUUGGAGAUAUUUCCUUCCUUCAAGGAAACUAUGAGCUCUUGCCUGGAAGCCAAGAGAAAGCCCACUCCGGCCAGUUCCCUGGGCAUAAUGACUUCUUCCGGGCCAACAGCACCUCGGACUCGAUGUUCACAGAAACGCCCUCCCCAGUGCUCAAAAAUGCCAUCUCCCUCCCAACUAUCGGAGGAUCCCAGGCUCUCAUGCUGCCCUUAUUGUCACCAGUGACAUUUAAUUCCAAGCAGGAGUCCUUUGGGCGUCCUAAGUUGCCACGGCUCAGCUGUGAGCCUGUCAUGGAAGAGAAAGCCCAGGAGAAAAGUAGUCUGUUGGAGAAUGGGACAGUCCAUCAGGGAGACACCUCGUGGGGCUCCAGUGGUUCUGCAUCUCAGUCCAGCCAGGGCAGGGACAGCCACUCCUCCAGCCUGUCUGAACAGUACUCCGACUGGCCUGCAGAGGACAUGUUUGAGCAUCCUGCCUCCUGCGAGCUCAUGAAGUCAAAGACUAAAUCAGAGGACUCCCUCUCCGACCUGACAGGCUCCCUGCUCUCCCUGCAGCUGGAUCUUGGGCCCUCACUUUUGGAUGAGGUCCUGAAUGUCAUGGAUAAAAAUAAGUAACCAGGAGUCAGCUCUUUUCCUUUGGAGUAAGAGGUACCAAAAUAAGCAGAAAACAAAAAACUCAACUAACCACAAUUGAUGGAAAGAGCUGCCCUGGCUGGUUUUUUUUUUUUUUCAGCCAUGUAAUGCAUUUUCUAAAAUAACGUUCCUGUUCCUACAAAAUAUUUUUUUAACCGCCAUGCCCUGUUUGCAAAAACAAUUUUGAAAACAAUAAUUUUAAAAAAUAAAAAAAAAAAAAACCUGUCCUGGCAAAAAGAAAAAGAGAGAAAGGAAGUGAGUCAGAGCUCAUUUUCAGCAGGCAAUGCUGAUGUUCAGCUCAAUUUUGUUUGUUUGCAGACGGGCAGAAAUCCAGGCUGUCUGUAAGGGCUGGGUCAGUGGGUCUCUCCAAGGCGCUGUACAGCAUGUUGUGCGAAGGAAAUCUAAACUUGCUUAACACCUAGGCCUUUUUUUCCUGGACUCUUUUGUAUAUUGUAUCUUUUGGGCUCAGCAUAGCGAAUUCUCCAGUGUUAAGAUUUUACUGUUUUCAUAUUUCAAACAACCUUAUGGGACCGGGGGUUUUUUCUUGUGGUUAUAUAUAUAUAUACAUAUAUAUAUCCCUGUAUAUUAUUUUCAUGUUGCGGAAGUUUGACUGUCGGCUACAUGUUGGUAAAAAAACAAGCAAGGUAUUACUGUAACUAAGUUAUUUUUAAAGUUGAAAUAUAUUUUUAUGUGCCUUUGGCUUUUUA